AUGGCCAGUAGAACACUCGAUGCGGCCGACCUCGGCUCGAUCCUCAAGUUCACCAUCGAGCUCGCCCGCAAGGCGGGCGCGCUCAUCCUUGAGGGCUCCGAAGCGAUUCGUGCGUCUGGGGCAACAGAUGAGAAGAAGAAUUCGGUCGACCUCGUCACCGAAUACGACGUGCGCGUCGAGGAGCUCGUCAAGCGCGAGCUCUCCGCGGAGUACCCUGCGUUCAAAUUCAUUGGGGAGGAGUCGUAUGCCGCCGGCGCGCGGACCAACCUCACCGACGAACCCACUUUCUGCGUAGACCCCAUCGAUGGGACCACGAACUUUGUGCACGGCUUCCCCUCCGUCUGCAUCUCAAUCGGGCUCAUCGCGGGCAAGCGCCCCGUCCUCGGUGUGCUCUACAACCCCUUCCUCGACCAGCUCUACAGCGCCGUCAAGGGCGGCGGCGCGUUCCUCGCGCAGGGCGGGCGCGCCCCCGCGCGCCUUCCCCUCGCGAAGCCCCGUCCCCUCCCCUCGCUCUCCCAAGCGCUCAUUGGCAUCGAGUGGGGCUCGGACCGCUCGGCGGACAUGGUGCGCCACAAAGGCGAGUCCUUCAAGCGCCUCGCGGGGAACCCUGCCGAGGGCGUCGUUGGCGGACGCAUGGCGCAUUCCCUGCGCUCGCUCGGGAGUGCCGCACUCAACUUCGGAAUGGUCGCGCAGGGCGGUCUCGACUUGUACUGGCCGUGGGAUGUUUGCGCAGGCUCGAUCAUCGCGCAAGAAGCGGGCUGCCUCGUCGCGGGCUCGCAUACCUCACCGCUGGACAACGACGUCAACCAGGAGGUGCUCGAGGGCCGCAAGUACAUCGUCAUCCGCGCAAUCGGCGACUCCGAGACGGAGAAGGGCGUCGACGCGCAGAAGAGACUGAUCAAAGAGUUUUACGAGACCGUGGACGACUUCGAGCCAAAGUAA